AUGCACUCGACAUUACCUUUUCCCAUUAGUGCCUAUCACAAACCCGAGCUCAAGAAGGAAGAGGAAGAAAUCUUUGAGCAUUAUCGAAACUGGAUGGAGUUCAAUGACAAUAGAUUUGCGACAAAUCCAGAGGAAGGUGCCGGAUUCUACGAUGGUGAGCAAGUCUUGUACUAUGACUUGAUGGGCCUCAUUCCACGCGGGGCCUUCGUGGACCAUUUUUACCAUAUCGGCCCAUACUUUGCGAAGUCUCACAUUGGAUAUAAAGAUAUGGAAAUCAUUGCGACCGCUCCAGACUUUGGUUUCUGCAAUAUGGAACAGCAUUACUAUGGUGUAAGCACUGACGGACAUGACUUUAACUUCAAAUUCCGCUAUACCGGUCUUCUGCGGAAGAAGGAUGGUGUCUGGAAAUGGAUCCAGGAACACGUCUCAUUUCCCGCCAACAUCGCUACCCAAAAAGCCGAUUUUACCUGCAGUCAAGACGCCGGAGAACAUUUAAUGAUGAAAAAUGAGGACAACAAGACGAGAGAAGAGCUCGGCGGCGAAAAAGAGAUCUAA